UGGCAAUGACCUGCAUGAGUGUCUCAUCAGGACAAGCUGCAGCCUAAGCGUCCAGGCUCUGAGCGCUCCAUUCAAGUGAGAAAUCUGCUCCCACCUAGCUGAGUCCCAAGGACCUAUGGCUACCCACACUCUCCCCUCUUUGGGGAACUUUCUAGGAAGAUGGCUGAGACAGAUGGCAAUAACCCUUUUCCUCCUAGCCUCUCUUUGGGGUGGUGGAGCCUGGAGCUCAGCUCCAGAAGAACCAGUCCAUGCUGAGAUCAGAUUGGUGAACGGUUCGAGUCGCUGCAGUGGGAGAGUGGAGGUGCUCCAUAGUGGGCAGUGGGGUACUAUUUGUGAUGACAGCUGGGGCAUCGAGGAAGCCAGAGUUGUAUGUCGGCAGCUGGGCUGUGCAGCUGCAAUAUCAGCUCAUCGUGAAGCCCAUUUUGGAAGAGGAACUGGCCGCAUCUGGCUGGAUGAACUCAGAUGCACAGGGACAGAAUCAGCCCUCAGUCAAUGUCCAGCAAGGUCUUGGGGAGACAAUGACUGUCAUCAUGGAGAAGAUGCUGGCGUGAUUUGCUCAGAGGUGAGGCUGGUAGGUGGUUCAACUUCCUGUACUGGAAGGGUUGAGUUGCUCCAUAACCAAAAAUGGGGAACAGUGUGUGACAACGGCUGGGACUUAGCUGAUGCCCAUGUUGUGUGCCGGGAAGUGGGCUGUGGAUCUGCAUUAGCAGCUGCACCUGGAGCUAAAUUUGGACGAGGAUCUGGCCCCACCUGGAUUGAUCAAGUGAACUGCACAGGGGAAGAAGACAGUCUAAGGAAAUGCCCACCAAAAAUCUUGCAAGAACACAGCUGUGACCACAGCAAGGAUGCUGGUGUGGAGUGCGCAGAACCACCUGAGCUCAGAUUAGCAAAUGGCCCCAAUCACUGUUCUGGGAGAGUUGAAAUCUUCCAUGAUAAGCUCUGGGGGACCAUAUGUGAUGACGAUUGGGACCAUGAUGAUGCCAAGGUCGUGUGUCAGUAUCUUGGCUGUGGAACUCCUCUAUCAGCCCCACGAGGUUCUCGUUUUGGAGCAGGAACUGGUCCCAUUUGGCUGGAUGGUGUUAACUGUACAGGGACAGAGACUGCCAUCAGCAAAUGCCAAGCAAAAGAAUGGGGGGUACAUGAUUGUACCCACUCAGAAGAUGCUGGUGUUGUAUGUGCAGAGCUCCGUCUUGUGGGUGGCUCAAAUCGUUGCUCAGGAAGAGUCGAAGUGUAUCACAACCAGCAGUGGGGGACUGUUUGUGAUGCUGACUGGGAUAUGAAUGACGCCCAUGUUGUGUGCAGGGAACUGGACUGUGGAAAACCUGUAACGGCAUUAGGUGGAGCACGGUUUGGCCGAGGAUCUGGUACCAUCUGGCUAGACAGAGUUAACUGCACAGGAAAAGAAGCAGUUCUGAGUGAAUGCCAAAAAAGACCCUGGGGAGAGCAUAGCUGUGACCACAGCAAGGAUGCAAGUGUGGAAUGCUCAGACCCAAACGAAGUCAGAUUGGUAAACGGUACAGGUCGCUGCACUGGGAGAGUUGAGGUGCUCCACAACCAGCAGUGGGGGACAGUGUGUGAUGAUGGCUGGGAUAUGAGCAGUGCCCAAGUUGUGUGCCGGGAACUCGGCUGUGGAGUAGCCUUGGGGGCUCCACGAGGAGCUCAGUUUGGAAGAGGCGAUGGCCACAUCUGGCUGGAUGAUGUCAAAUGUAAAGGGACAGAAGCUGCCCUGAGGGACUGUCGCCUAAAAGCUUGGGGAGAACACAACUGCAACCAUGGAGAAGACGCUGGCGCUAUGUGCUCAGAACUCAGGCUGGUGAAUGGCUCAAGUCGCUGCUCAGGGAGAGUGGAGAUCUUCCAUGACCAGCAAUGGGGGACUGUGUGCGAUGAUCGCUGGAGCCUUAAACAAGCUGAGGUCAUCUGCAGGGAGUUGAGCUGUGGUGUUGCUUUGAAAGCCCAUACAAAAGCUGCGUUUGGAAGGGGAACAGGGCCCAUCUGGCUAGAUGACAUAAACUGUCAUGGAACAGAAGCAGCCCUCAGCGAAUGCUCUGCAAGCCCUUGGGGAAUCAAUAACUGCAAUCAUGGAGAAGAUGCUGGUGUUCAGUGUGCAGAUCCAGUGGAGCUGAGGCUGGUCAAUGGCACACAUCAGUGUUCUGGAAGGGUGGAAGUGUUACAUCUUCAGCAAUAUGGAACUGUGUGCGACGACAGCUGGGACUUAAAUGAAGCCGUUGUUGUGUGCAGGUACCUUGACUGUGGAACAGCCAUAUCUGCCCCCCGAGGAGCUCGAUUCGGACGAGGAUCUGAUCCCAUCUGGAUGGAUGAUCUAGAAUGUACAGGAACAGAAACUUCCCUUGCUGUCUGCAAGGCCAAGCCUUGGGGAAGCAAUGACUGUAACCAUGGAGAAGAUGCUGGUGUUGUAUGUUCAGCUGAUCUCAGGCUAGUGAAUGGCACAAAUCGCUGCAGUGGAAGAGUUGAGAUUCGGCCACCCCACAGCGAACACUGGGGAACUGUAUGCGACCGUACAUGGGAUUUACACGAUGCAGAAGUCGUCUGUAAGCAACUGGGCUGUGGAAAGGCUUCAGCAGCUCCAGGUGGAGCUCAUUUUGGUCCCGGAUCCGGUUCCAUUUGGAUGGAUAAUGUAAACUGUAAAGGCACAGAAGAUGCCAUCCAAGAAUGCAACUCAAAUACUCUGGGGACCAACAACUGUCAUCAUGGACAAGAUGCGGGAGUUGUUUGUUCAGAGUCAUCCACCAUCAAUGUGGCUAACAUCAGACUGGUAGACGGUCCAACCUCCUGUGCUGGAAGAGUUGAGGUUUUAAACCAGCAGCAAUGGGGAACUGUGUGCGAUGAUGGAUGGGGUCUUCUGGAUGCCAGCGUUGUGUGUAAACAGCUGGGUUGUGGCAUUGCUUUGCAAGCCAUGCAUGGAGCACACUUUGGACGAGGUCCUGGCCCCAUCUGGCUAGAUGAUGUGAACUGUACAGGUACCGAAGAAUCUCUCAAAGACUGCAGAGGACGUUCUGUAGGAGAACAUGAUUGUGAUCAUGCAGAGGAUGCUAGUGUGGUGUGCUCAGGCCACAUGGUGGUGCGAUUGGCUAAUGGACCCAAUUCCUGUGAAGGGCGAGUGGAGUUGAACCAUAAUGAGUCCUGGGUCUCUGUUGGCGACUCUGGCUGGAGUCUUAAAGAGGCCACGGUGAUAUGCCGGCAGCUGGACUGUGGUGCAGCAUUGUCAGCACCACGGGGCAACCAAUAUGGCAUAGGUAUUGGGCCAGCCUUUCUUGAUGAUGUGAAAUGUACCGGAAAAGAAUCGUCAUUCGUCGAAUGCCAUUCCAUCCCCACAAGCCCCCAUAAGUGCAUCUGUGGCUCCUAUGCUGGAGCAGUGUGCAAGGGACAGUCAGGCUCUGCUACAACCACUGCAGUGAUCCUGAGUCUGUUAGCUAUUGCCCUGCUCAUCGGCGGGGUCCUGUUCUACCUGCGGAAGAGGAGAGGGAAAUCAAUUUGGGUGAAUCCUUUGACUCGUAGAGGAGAAGCAUUUAUGGAAAAUAUCACUGCUGGAUCGGAUAUGGUCAACGGCAUUCGAGAGAUGUAUUCCCGGGGAAGAGAACAAAUUGCACCUGAGGCAGAUCGUGAUGGCGACACCAUCUGCCUGGUGAAAAACAACUCCGACCCACCCACAGACAACAUUAACUGAGAGACAGGGAGUAGAUAAUGGCUCAGAUGAUUGCGAGAUACAAGUUCCAUGCUAUGAGAUUGGUUCUUUCUUCUGUCAUUCCCUUAAAGAAGGAGGACAUAUCCUUGCACCAGCUCUUGUGCUGUCACUGUGAAUGUUCAGAGACUAGGGGUGUUUUGCUGGGAUCUCUGGUAACAUGCAGAUAUCUCGGCUUCUGGGACUCAUUAAGAAGGAACAGAAGACAAAAAAAAAUGGAAGACCUUCAAAAUUUCCACGGUGCCCAAGCUGGGAGGAGGGGGAUGGAGCUUUAGAAAAAUUGUGUAAAAAUCUUUGCCUUUCUUAUUGGUCAUUACAUACAGCAACCUUUGAUCUGAGCUUCCUUGCUAUAACUGUUAUAGAGCAUACUCAUUUCAUAGUAAACAAUAAGACCCACGAA